AUGGAUCCACUGUUCAUGCCCUACCCCACCUUAUGCACAUACUGCAUUGAAUUAAUCAAGAGCUACGGAAAAGAAAUUUCCAAAGACCGCAAAGCAGAUAUUUACAAUAACUCCCAAUAUUUGGCCCAAGAGUUCAACACUAGCUUAUCACUGCCCUCAAAUACUGUCAAUGGUUGUCCAAAAGGUCUUUGCCUAUGCAAGAACGAUGACGACAUAAAUAAUUUAGUCAAUAAUACCCUUGAUUAUUAUCCAAAUGUCCUCAAUUAUUACAACCAUCGCUACAUCUUUGAACAUGUUAAAUCUGUACUCGUGACCCGUUAUGGAAACAACAUCUGCAAUCUCUUUGAUCCCCCAGCCCAAGUUUGCUCUGUCACCAGCAAUUUACCUAAAGUACUUCUCAGUCCGGCAUCGCCAACUGUCAGUUCAUCAUCGCCAAAUUCCAGGCCAGCCUUUAGCAAAAAUGUAGAAUUCAAAGACUAUGAAUUAUACCAAAACGUUCCUGAAUGUGACCCACACCUCACAGCUAGUCGAACACCAAGGUAUCAACCAGAGCAAACGAUUAGCCCUGAAUCUUCUGUCUUUUCUACACCAUACGAAUCACCAGGACCCCAAUUCUACUUGGGGCCACAGAAAGAAACUGAGUCAAAUCCCAUAUCCCCUAUGUUUUCUGCCUUGAAAACACCAUUUGCUCCAUCGAGUCUACCCAAAGUCCGAAAAAGGGAAACGCGGUCUAUCCCCGGAAGCUCAAGUUUCAGCAUUCAAACCCCGGGAACAACGACAAGAAUAAGAAAAAGCAAGCCAAAGGGGUUAAUUACUGAAAAAAAAUUCAAAUGCAUCGAUUGCAGUUACGUUACAGAUCGACAGCACAAUCUAACUCGUCAUGAAUGCACUCACGGUGGUCUGCGGUUACGGUUGAAAUGUCCAAUUUGCGACCGCAAAUAUUGGAGACAGGAUAAUUUAACAAGGCAUUUUAAAUCAUUCCAUUGA